AUGGGGCAUGAUGAGGUCCCUCCUGGACCUCUCCAGGGGAGAAUGGGUACUAGUACAAGACAAGUCAGCAAAGUGGAUAUUCAACGUACGUCCAAGAAUGGCCUUGCCGCCAUUCCUCAGCAAGACCUAAUUUCAAGUUCAGCCCAAAGUCAAUCUGUCUUCGGCUAUCCAGCAAGCAGCUGGAACCGGAUUGCCAUACUCAUUGGCUUCACUGAACUAUCAAUACAUCUUACACUUAUUGGCUAG